GUGGGGGGAGGGGGUGAAGGCCGCGCGCGCUCGCGCCCCGUUUCCUAGCCCAGCGCCUGUGAUUGGUGCAGGCCCCGGACCUGGCGGCCCCGAAUGCAAGGCCCCGGCGGCGGCGGAGUCCUGCGGCCCGCCCGACCCUCAGCCGGAUCCGACCCCGCGGCACGGCGCAGGGACCCGCACAGCUAUUUGUGAAAGAGCUUAGCUGACUAUGGAUCCAGGUGGUGGAAGUCUUGGAUUGCAGACACAAGAGUCCAAAAUGCCUCACACUAUGAUUAUGCAAGAUUUUGUGGCUGGAAUGGCUGGCACUGCUCAUAUUGAUGGCGACCAUAUUGUUGUAUCAGUCCCUGAAGCUGUAUUAGUUUCUGAUGUUGUCACGGAUGACGGGAUAACUCUUGAUCAUGGCUUAGCUGCUGAAGUUGUCCAAGGACCAGAUAUCAUCACUGAAACUGAUGUUGUAACAGAAGGUGUAAUUGUUCCUGAGUCUGUGUUGGAAGCUGAUGUUGCUAUUGAAGAAGCUUUAGAUACCAGUGAUCAUGUUUUGACUUCUGAUCUAAUAACGGAAACUGUUAGAGUUCCUGAUCAGGUUUUUGUGGCUGACCUUGUUACGGGUCCUGAUGGACAUUUGGAACAUGUGGUGCAAGACUCUGUGUCAGGAGCUAACUCACCCACAAUGGUUUCAGAAGAAGUUCUUGUAACUAAUUCAGAUACAGAAACUGUGAUUCAAGCAGCCAGUACUGUUCCUGGUUCUACGGUUACAAUAAAAACUGAAGAUGAUGAUGAUGGCAAGAGCACUUCUGAAGACUACUUAAUGAUAUCUUUGGAUGAUGUUGGAGAAAAAUUAGACCAUAUUGGAAGCACACCUUUAAAAAUCAGCACUGAGGUUUCACACGAUGAUGUUUCUAAAGACGACGGGUUUGGUUCAGAAGUUAUAAAAGUGUAUAUAUUUAAAGCUGAAGCUGAGGAUGACGUGGAAAUAGGAGGAACAGAAAUUGUCACAGAGAGUGACUUUCACAAUGGACAUUCUGUAGCUGGAGUAAUUGAGCAGGGAGGUGUAGGCAGAAUGCAGCGAGAGAAGAUGGUAUACAUGGCUGUUAAGGACUCCUCUCAGGAAGAUGAAGAUAUUAGAGAUGAAAGAAGACUGCCCAGAAGGUAUGAAGACUGUCAAGCAGCAGGAAAUAACUUGGAUACACGAUUAGAAAACAAAAAUGGUAAUGCAGCACAGUACCUGCAAAUCUGUGAUAGCAUUAACACAAAUAGAGCGCUUAAACAAAAAGCCAAGAAGAGGAGGAGGGGAGAAACCAGGCAGUGGCAAACAGCUGUUAUAAUAGGUCCUGAUGGACAGCCCUUAACUGUCUACCCUUGUCACAUAUGUGGGAAAAAAUUUAAAUCCAGAGGAUUCCUGAAAAGGCAUAUGAAGAACCACCCAGAUCAUAUGAUUAAGAAGAAAUACCAGUGUACGGACUGUGACUUUACAACUAACAAAAAAGUAAGUUUCCACAACCAUCUGGAAAGCCAUAAACUUAUAAAUAAAGUUGACAAAACCCAUGAGUUUACAGAAUAUACAAGGAGAUACAGAGAGGCAAGCCCAUUGAGUUCUAAUAAACUGAUAUUGAGGGACAAGGAGCCUAAACUACACAAGUGCAAAUACUGUGACUAUGAGACUGCAGAACAGGGACUGCUGAAUAGACAUCUGCUUGCAGUUCACAGCAAGAACUUUCCUCAUGUUUGUGUUGAGUGUGGGAAAGGAUUCCGUCAUCCAUCUGAGCUUAAAAAGCAUAUGAGGACCCACACAGGGGAAAAGCCAUACCAGUGUCAGCACUGUGUCUUCAGAUGUGCUGAUCAAUCCAAUCUGAAAACACACAUAAAAACCAAACAUGGGACUGAUUUACCAUUUAAAUGUGAGCAUUGUCCCCAAGCAUUCACAGAUGAAAAAGAACUUCUUCAGCACACAGAGUUAUUUCAAGGACAUAAGACUCAUCAGUGUCCACAUUGUGACCAUAAGAGCACCAACUCAAGCGACCUGAAACGACACAUUAUUUCGGUUCACACAAAGGACUUUCCCCACAAAUGUGAGGUGUGCGAAAAAGGCUUCCAUCGUCCAUCUGAGCUCAAAAAGCAUAGUGAAACCCACAAAGGUAAAAAGAUACAUCAGUGUAGGCACUGUGACUUUAAAACUUCAGAUCCUUUUGUACUUAGUGGGCAUAUCCUCUCAGUUCACACCAAGGACCUGCCUUUUAAAUGCAAAAGGUGCAAGAGAGGAUUUAGGCAGCAAAACGAACUUAAGAAGCACAUGAAGACCCACAGUGGAAGAAAAGUGUAUCAAUGCCAGUAUUGUGAAUAUAGCACUACGGAUGCAUCAGGCUUUAAACGACAUGUAAUAUCAAUACACACAAAAGACUAUCCACACAGGUGUGAAUACUGCAAAAAGGGAUUCCGUAGACCAUCAGAAAAAAAUCAACAUAUAAUGAGGCAUCACAAAGAGGCCAUAAUGUAAUAUAUGAUGUUGAGAAGGAAGCAAUUUAGAAACUGUGAUAUGCUAAUUGGGGAAAAAAAUCUCAUGAACUGUUUCUCCUGGUUUCAAAGCUUGAUAUUAAAUCAUAACUUUACAUUCUUUGUAUUAAAAGUCUUAAAAGUAUUAAGGUUGACAGGGAUCUCAUAGUCCUAUGAUUGUGGCUUAUCAGAACCUAAAGAGCACUAUAGAAUGCAGAAAGAUGGAUGAAUGUUUGAAAGGUUGCAGAAGGAUUGCUGAAUGUCUUCUAUUAAUAGUAUUAUACAUUGUUAAGCUACAGAAGAGAAAAUGAAGACGAUUAUGUUAUCCAUUUCAUCAGUAACAGCAUUUGUCUCCAAUAUGAAAACUGUUCAGUUGUGGUGGGGUUAUUUACAAACUUUUUGUCAAGGCAACCAAUUCAAACUUCUUAUUCAGUUUUGAAAAGAAUAUAAGUCAAUCACUUGGUCAUUAUGUUUUUAAAUUGUGCCUGGAAAUUGUAUUCCAGAAUUGGUCAAAUUUGGGGGUUUCUCUCCCCCCCCCCUUUUUUUUUUAACAUUUCAUUGGGAAACCUUUUUGUUUCCUUUAUUAGUCUAGGUUCAGUGAGUAAUUUUUUAAAACUAUUUUCAGAGCUGCUAACCUAUUUUAUGGCAGGAUAUGAUGUUAAAAAUAUUGCAUUAUGUUAUGAGCUCAAAGGUGGUGUUCCGGUGCUAGGGUUAAAAAUAUGUAUGUAUAUAAUUUCCCUUUUUUAUCUGAAACUGCAGUUGAAUGUUGUUCAGUAUGGCACAUGACAAAUACCUUUGAAUCUCAUUUUUUUAAAAGGAAAAAAUGAAUGCAGCUGAUAGUGUUGUCUCAACACCGUUUUUUUUUUUCUUGCUACUUUAAGAUCUUCUCUAAAAAGAGUAUUAAAAAAGAUUCAAAGAACACAAUAGUUUUUUUGAAUUAAAAUACAAAAUACUUAGAGGUUCUUUAGGGCAGUGUUUAUAACAGGUAUGGCUAUUCUAGUCCUACCUGCUAAUAUAAAAUUUUCAGUAUAGACAUAAAAUUGCACCUUUUAAUCAAUUCUUUAAAAAUCUCUACCAUACUAUAAACAUGCAUUUUCAAUCUGUAAGAAAGUAUAUAUGCAGUAUUUAACCAGAAAAAUAUGCUGCCACUAGAGUUUGGAGGUGGAUCUUCAGUUUACAGUGUAUACAUUUAAAAUAUGCAUCCCUUUAAACAAUGCUUUGUGUUAGCAUGCUGCAAAUCAAAUGGCGCUUAAUAUAACAAGCUGGUCUAGGGCUAUUUAAUGAAAAACCUGUUCAUAAAUGUUAUGCAUAUAAUGUGUACUUUUUUACUUUUAGUUGCUUCAUGUUUGCACACAGCUGUUCACAUGAUAAAUUGUAACUUUACUUCAUGCUAUAUUGUGGCUUUGUGUUUCAGAUAAUGUUCAUAUUUUGUUUUUGCACCAGAUGAGAAUCAGUUCCUUGAGAAUAAAUUUUUUUUAUAUUUCGAAAUUUCAGAAAGCUAAAUUGGGAAAUCUCUUAGAAAAAUAAGUGUUUUAUGUGGCUGUAAAAAAUGAUGUACACGCUGUAAAAUAAGAUUGUCACUGUUACGUGGGAUUAUUAUUUCUAAAUGUGUUACUCAUCGUAAUGAGCAUACAAUAAAAUGCAUCUCUUGCACUCC